AUGUCGCCGGGCCUGCAGGUCGUGGGUCUGAUCCUGGGCGUGGUGUCCUGGUGUCUCCAGUCCAGCUGCACGUCGUCCCAGGUGUGGAAGACGCGGAGCCAGGUGGAGUCGGUGAGCAGCAGCCAGUGGCAGUUCGAGGGUCUGUGGAUGAGCUGCGCCGCCACGUCGCUCGGCUCCGUGCAGUGCAGCAAGUUCAAGACGGUGCUGGGCCUGCCGGCCCACCUGCAGGUGUGCCGGGCUCUGAUGAUCCUGUCUCUGCUGCUCGGCCUUGCCUCCAUCAUCGUCUCCGUUCUGGGACUCCGCUGCACCAAGAUUGGCCGGACCUCUGAGCGUGCCAAGGACCAGAUCGCCCUGACCGGAGGAGUCCUCUUCAUCCUCUCCGGUCUCUCCACUCUGACGGCCGUGUCCUGGUACGCCGGCAGAGUCAUCCACGAAUUCUACGACCGAUUGUACGGCGGAGUCAGGUUUGAGCUGGGUACUGGUCUGUAUCUGGGCUGGGCGGCCUCCUGUCUGGCCAUCCUGGGAGGAUCCAUGCUCUGCUGCUCCUGCAGGAAGACUGCCCCCCCCGCACGCCAGUUCUCCUACAAACUCUCCACGACCAGCCAGGGUCAGAAGAUCUGUGUCCAGUUCUCCUACAAACUCUCCACGACCAGCCAGGGUCAGAAGAUCUACCGAGCGGCGCCGGCCUCGGACAGCGACAUCGCCAAAGCUUACGUCUAGACCCGCCUGAUGUCACCACACGAUCUCAUUCCGGGGCCGAGAGCCCCCCAAACAUGGUCUUUCUAAAUGCAUCAUGUCACGUUGGUGUUUUACACCCCUGUGUUGUGUCCAAUCAGCACUUUUUCAAUGUUUUCAUCUCUUUUAUUGACAUUUUUGGCUCUUUCUUCAAUGUUUUUGGCUCUUUUUUUCAAUGUUUUUGGCUCUUUUGUCACGUUUACUGCUUCCUUUCACUGCUACUUUGUAUGUAUAAACACCACUAACACCAACUUAUUACUAGUUUUACACUUAUUUGGGGGAAUUCAUGGUCAAUAAACCUCAUUUAUAGGAAAUAAUACCUAAUUCUUGAGUUAAAAAAGCAGAAAUUAUGAAUGAUUUAGACUCAUAUUAAAGGAAAGAUGAUUACAGAAAGGUAAAUGUCAACGGUCAAGUCAAGUCAAAUGCUAAUUUAAAAAAAAAUGUAAAACCCAAAAGUGAAAGUAGAGACCCAAUCGUUUGUGGUACUUGUGAAGCGCGAUGUGUGGAAUCAUCCAAAUUAGUACUUAAAAAAGAAAGAAUUUUUUGGGCUUUUCCGUCUUUAUUUUGAUAGGACAGCUAGGGGAGAG